UUGAAACCGGCCAAACGGAGUGCGCUUCGAGUGCGUUUAAAUUCACACAGAAACAUGUCCACCCGGUGGUAUCCGAUCUACCAGCGAGGCAACCCGCAACUACGGGUGUUUCUUCCAAACUUUUGGCUCAAGCUCGUGCGACCCGAACAGCAGCAACCCUCCAACGUGGUACAGUUCGCGUGCUCGAUGGAAAUGACCCGGCACGAUGUAAAGAACUAUCUGGAAAAAAUCUACAAAAUCCCGGUAGUCAAUGUGCGCACUCGCAUAGGACUAGGAAACACCAAGCCCGACAUGGUGCUAGGAUACAUAACGAAGGACGAGGACACGAAAUAUGCGUACGUAACGCUGCCCAAUACCAUCAAGUUCGAGUUCCCCGACAUCUUUCCCACAGACGCCAAACAGAAGAUGGAGGAUGACAAAAAAUCGCUGGACGAAGCGAAGAAGAACUACAAAAAGUUCCUGGACAAAAACAAAGACCGUCCCGGCACUCCCGGAUGGUUUUCGAUUUAAGGUUAAGGCUUGAUCGUCAUCUUCCUCCUAAUAGUGCGCCUCCCGUUUAGAAAUGCAGAGUAAUAAAAAGGUUAUCUUUAUUUGUU